AUGUUUACUAUAAGGAAAGCAGUUAAAGAUGACUGUCCGACAUUAAGACAACUGAUACUAGAGUUGGCCGCACAUGAAAAUGGUAACACAGAUUUGGUUUAUCCGUUGGAACAGCUCGAAGAACAGGGAUUCUGUGAUCAGCCAUCAAAACAACUGUUUCAGGCACUGGUAGCCCAAAGUACUGAUAGUAAACAACAACUCGUCGGUUAUAUCAUCUAUUAUAUGACAUAUUCUGCAUUUAGCGGAAAAAUCAUUCGAAUGGAGGAACUGUAUGUCAAUGCAGAGUAUAGAAGAUGUGGUUUGGGUCGGACACUGAUGAGAGAGUUGGCUAAAGAAGCCAUUCAAUUGUCUGUUAAUAGUAUUGAAUGGGAUUGUAUGUCAAACAAUGAAAGCUUACUAUUGUUUCUCAAGCGUUUGGGUGGUAAAGAUCUGACAGAUAGUGAAGGCGUUCACAUGUAUUGGCUUAUUGGCGAUCAAUUGAAACAAUUAGUUGAUACAAGUGACUCGGAUGGCCAUCAAUGUCUCGCAACAUGUAUUAGAGAGGCGACCAAAGAGGACAGUCGUAUUUUACAUCAAUUGACUCAAUAGUUCACUAAAGAGGUUAAUUUGGUUAGAGAUGUUAUCAGCGAACAUAACUUAAUUGACAAU